CCCGAUCGCCGCGUCCCGGCCCUCUGCCUGCGCCCUUAUGUCGGGCCCGGGCGGGCCCCGGGGUCAGAAAGCCUGGACUUCGGGAGGCUGGCUUGAGGUGGCACGGGACUGCGGGGACUGGCGGAUGCCAGAGGGGGAAGCCGGGGACGGGUUGAUGCCAGAGGGGGCCGGGACAGGGGCAGCAGGGAACCUUGGGCACCGCGCGGAGACUGCGCGGGACAGCGGAGACCGGCGGAGAACGGCGGGGCACGCUGGGGACGAGCCAAGCACGCCCGGAAACGGGCAGAGGACAGCAGCGGACCCCGGGGACGGGCCGAUGACAGAGGGGGACGCCGGGGGCGGGCCGGGGAGCCCUCGCACCUACGCGCGGCGCUGGCUCUUCCUGCUGGCAGUCAGCUUGCUGAGCUGCUCCAACGCCACGCUGUGGCUCAGCUUUGCGCCUGUGGCAGAAGUCAUUGCCCAGCACUUCUUCCUGUCCAUGGAGCAGGUCAACUGGCUGUCACUCAUCUACUUCGUGGUGGCUAUCCCCGGUGGCAUCGCGGCCAUCUGGGUCUUGGACUCUGUGGGGCUCCGGGCAGCAACCAUCCUGGGGGCGUGGCUGAACUUCUUAGGCAGUGCGCUUCGUGCCCUGCCCUGCAUGGCUGUCUGGAUCCCCAGCCCAUUUGCCUUCUUCAUGGCUGGCCAGAGCCUCUGUGCCCUGGCCCAGACCCUGGUCAUCUUUUCUCCGGCCAAACUGGCCGCCUUGUGGUUCCCAGAGCACCAGAGAGCCACGGCCAACAUGAUUGCCACCAUGUCAAACCCCCUGGGCAUUCUUGUGGCCAACCUGCUGUCACCUGCCCUGGUAAAGAAAGGAGAAGACAUCCCCUUGAUGCUUGGCGUCUAUAUCAUCCCGGCUGGCCUUGCCUGCCUACUGGCCACCACUUGCAUCGGGGAGAGUGUGCCUCCCACCCCGCCCUCUGCCGGGGCAGCCAGCUCCACCUCAGAGAAGUUCCUCCCCGGGCUCUGGCUGCUGCUGCGGAACAAGGCCUAUGUCAUCCUGGCCAUGUGCUUUGGGGGCGGCAUCGGGGUCUUCUCCAGCUUCUCAGCCCUCCUGGAGCAGAUCCUCUGUGCCAGCGGCUACUCUAGCGAGUUUUCAGGCCUCUGUGGGGCUCUCUUCAUUGUGUUCGGGAUCCUGGGGGCGCUGAUUCUUGGCCUGUAUGUGGAUCGGACCAAGCAUUUCACUGAGGCCACCAAGAUAGGCCUCUGCUUGGCCUCCUUGGCAUGCCUGGCCUUUUCCUUGGUGGCCCAGCUGCAGGGACAGGCCAUUGUGCUGGCUGCAAUCUGCUCCCUACUUGGGCUCUUUGGCUUCUCAGUGGCACCUGUGGCCAUGGAGCUGGCGGUUGAGUGCUCCUUCCCUGUGGGCGAGGGAGCCGCUACAGGCUUGGUCUUUGUGCUGGGGCAGGCUGAGGGUGUGCUUAUCAUGGUGCUGCUGACAGCACUGACUGUGCGGCGCACAGACCCAUCCUUCUCCACCUGCCAGCAUGGCGAGGACUCACUAGACUGGACAGUGUCCCUGCUGCUGAUGGCUGGCCUGUGCACUCUCUUCACCUGUGUCUUGGUGCUCUUCUUCCACACCCCGUACCGGCGUCUACAGGCUGAGUAUAGAGGGCUCCCUCCACCAAGGAUGCCAAGCCCUACCGUAAAGCCACUCUCUGAGGCUCCCCAGGAAGCUCCUGCCCUGCUGGAUCCACUGGAGACCCCAGGAUUCUCAGGGGCUGUGACCAGGGACUUGUGUGAAGGGAGGGUGAGGCAGGCCUGGCCAUCUUGGCGUGCAGCCCCAUGACUUGACAGGAGGGACUGGCUCAGGUCCCGAAUACCCCGGGUGAGGCAGGAUGUCCCUGGGGCCCCAGGUGGACUGUGGCUGCAGCCCGCAGAGCCCUGCUGUGUGGACCCUGACCAGGCCCAACCCAGGGCCAGUGCAGGAGGGCACGAGGCGCCUCCUGUAGCAGGCAGGGAUCUGGGCAAGUCGAAGAGGUGGGCGAGUGGUGCGGACAGGUGAGGGGUCAGCCCAGCAGGAACCCAGCUGGCCCCCCACCCACUCCUCGUUGGUCCCCAGACCCCUGUGCUGCAUCAGACAUGUGCAGGUGGAUCGUGGGUCCACGUUUAUUGAGCCAGUAUGGCCUGCAGGCUCACUCCUACUCCCCACGGGUGAGCACCAAGUUCAGCACCUUGUAGUCCAGGUUGCCCACAGCAUCCACAGAGGUGAACUCCAGCAACUGGUCCACCAAGAGGCGGCGGGCGGUCAGACUCUGCGGUCCAAAUACAGAUGCCAGACAGAUGCUAA